GCUAUAUAUCAAGGCUGCGCCAGGCAGCACCAGCUGAGGUGUGAGCGGCUGUUGGAGUCAGUGGCUUGGACACCCGGAGCCGGGCGCGGAUUCGCAGAGACAGCGAGCCACUCAGACGAGCCACAGGCGCCAUGUCGGAGCCGUCAGGGGACACCGCCCAGAUCCCCUGCAGCAGCAAGGUGUGUCGCCGCCUCUUUGGCCCUGUGGACGAAGAGCAGCUGCGCCGCGACUGUGAUGCGCUAAUGGCAGACUGUUUGCAAGAGGCACGUGCACGUUGGAACUUCGACUUUGUCACCGAGACACCUCUGGAGGGCAACUAUGUCUGGGAGCGUGUGCAGGGCCUUGGCCUGCCGAAGUUCUAUCUGCCUGCAGGGCCUCGGGGGGCCUGGGAUGACCUGGGAGGGGGCAAGCGGCCCUGCACCUCAACUGUUUUGCUUCAGGGGACGGCCCAAGGGGACCACGUGGACCUGUCGCUGUCCUGUACCGUCGUGCCUCGUUCCCCUGAGCGGCCUGAAGUGUCUCCAGGUGGGCCUGGUGCACGUCAGGGCCGGAAGCGGGGACAGACCAGCAUGACAGAUUUCUACCACUCCAAACGUCGGCUGGUGUUCUCCAAGAGGAAGCCGUAACCCACCCGAGGAGGCAUGGAUCUCCUGGAACCAGGGGGCAUCUACAGGCCCCUUCCAUGUUCUCUGACUUAACCGUAUUUUACGCAAAUAAUGUGCAUGUGAUGAUUUUUUGCCAACCGCACAACCUCCCUGGCAAGUUAUUUUCCUAGGCACACCAUGCGCGUUAUAUGUAUGGGUGCGUUAUUUACGUGGGUGCGUUAUUUGUGAAAAUACGGUAGUCCUUCAGUAUGUAUGUCUUAAUUAUUAUUUGUGUUUUAAUUUAAACUCCUUCUCUUGUACAUACCUUGAUCCCCAGCCCCCAUCCCCAGCCUCGGGCAUUAGAAUAAUUUAAAAAAAAAAAAAAAAAAAAAGUAGGUAGGCCUGUCAGAGCGCUGGGUAUUUUUUAUUAUACAAAUCCUUAUUUAAAACUUCCUCAUUCUAUGCUCUUCAUGUCUUCUUUCCCUGGGGGUGAAGGGAGACUGGCUUCAUGACAGCUGCUUCCUCCUCCGCCCAGACCUCUGAAAGGGCAUGGCUCCCUCCAGUCACUGUCUUGUGGGCUUUAUGAAAUUCCACCCCUCUCCUGAAUUCUCAGACCUAAAUCCCUUAUCAUUUGAGAAGUAAACAGAUAGCACUUUUAAGAGGCCCAGCAAAAUGGAGCAUUAUCAGAAACUUUUUUUUUUUGGAGUCUCCUUACCUCCUCUAAGGCUGGGCAUGGUAAACUUGAAGUGGCACAGCCUAGGAGCAGGGCUAGGGGCUUGGCACCCUCCUGGCACAUGAUACCCCCCUGUGUUCUGGGAAGGUAGGGUCUUGUAGCAAACCACCCUUACACCCCCCCCCCCCCCGCAGGUCCCCUCUGCUCUCUACAGGGGAGCCAGCCUCAAUGUUUGUCCCCAACCCUGCUGGCUCCCCCUGGACUUUUUUAGGAGCCCCAGCUCUUUUCCAGCUGGGCUCUCAAGUCCCGUUCUUCUCUCCCCUCCUUCGUAUUCUUUCCCUCUAGUAGCCUCCCGGCCCUGAGUGGCAGUUCCAGGGUGCCUGUUCCCCUCAUCUCAGUAGAUUGGAUGGGGAAGGGGCACAUUUGAAGUUGGGAUUCCAAGUUUUACCUCAGGCAGCUCAAGCAGUGACCACCUCCUCUUCUUAGCUCUGGGGAUGGGGACCCUAGGCAGUUGGACAGGCCUCCUUGAACAGGAUCUCUCUCUGUUAAGAGUAUGUGUAUGAGGGGACACAGGGGUGGGUUAACCAUAGGCAUGGUACACAUGGGCUUACAGUAAGCAAGGCUCACAGGAGCUUGUGUUAAUUUACUAAUCUGUAGUGUACAAUUUCACAUGGGUUUCAUCACAUCUUUGAAAUUGUGCACUGCAGAUUAGUAAAUCAACACAAGUAAGCCCAUGCAUACGUUGCUUAUUGGGUGUCUUAGUUAUCUAGUGCUGCUAUAACAGAAAUAACACAAGUGGAUGACUUCAGCAAAGAGAAAUUUAUUUCCUCGCAGUAAAGUAGGCUGAAAGUCCAAAUUUAGGGUGUCAGCUCCAGGGAAAGUCUUUCUCUGUUUGUUGUGGAGAAAGGUCCUUCUCAUCAAUCUUCCCCUGGACUAGGAGCUUCUCCACGCAGGAACCUGGGGCCCAAAGGACGUGCUCUGCUCCUGGCACUUCUUUCUUGGUGAUAUGAGGUCCCUCUGUCUCUGCUCACUUCUCUCUUUUAUAUCCCAAAAGAAACGAGCUCAAGACACAAUCCAAUCCAGGUAGAUCGAGUGCUGCCUCAUCAACACAACUGCUGCACAUCCCCCCUCAUUAACAUCAUAGAGGCAGGAUUUAUAACACAUAGAAAAAAAUCACAUCAGAUGACAAAAUGGUGGACGAUCACACAGCACCCGGAAUCAUGGCCCAGCCAAAUUGACACACACAUUUUUUGGGAGACACAAUUCAAUCCAUGACAUUGGGUAAUUUUUCUCGGGGCAGAUUUUUCUGAGAGGGGGCUGAUGUAGAACUCAUCAGAGGAUCUCCCUUUCCCCAUUUCAUUGCACUUUGAGUAGCAGCUGAGUCAGGGAAUAGAAGCUGUGGAUAGGGUACUCUAAGGGGGCUGAUUCGGGACUCCGGGUUGUGAAUUGUCUUUCCUAUUGAAAGCUGAGUCCCUGGAGAUGCGGAAGCACAUAGUGGGUCUGACCCCAGGCACCUUCCAACUCCUGUAACAUUCUGGCCUAGACUCUUCUCCCGGCUCCCCAAGUGUCCUGUUCCCCGUCUCUCCACCUAAGACUGUAAGCCUCUAAAGGGCAGGGACCACAUCCUGUGCUGCUCUGUGAUCUUCAGCCUCUUCCACAAUGCUGGGUAUACAGCAGGUGCUCAAUAAAUACUUCGUGUUGACUUUA